GGAAAACGUGGGUGGGCACAUGGUCUCUCUCUCGCUCUCCCUCUCGCUCUCUCCUGUAUAUAGUAAAGGCUUUUUGAUGGAGACUCCAUCAUACCGCAGUUCGCUUUUACGCAGAGAAGAUGAGCUCACGGAUAGCCAAAUCCAAACCGGCGAUGAAACUGAUGGUGCUUUUGACAGCUUCUCUCUCCUGGGCCUUUCAGCAGCAAGCUGAACAACCAACGUACCAGCACCGUGACCCCGCGACAUCCGCGUUCCUCACGUGUAACCAGUGCCCACCUGGCACAGCGGUGAAACGACACUGCACUGCCGACAUGCCCACAGAGUGCCAGCCCUGUCCUGACAGGCAUUUCGCCGAGAACUGGCACUGGGGGGAGAAAUGCCAGUACUGCACCUCGGUGUGUAAGGAGAGACAGCUAGUGAAGCAGCAGUGCAACAGCACUCAUGAUCAGCUGUGCGAAUGUGCUCCAGGUUUCCACCUAGUGAUAGAGUUCUGUAUUGCACACAAGGCCUGUUCACCUGGAUAUGGAGUGGCAGCUUUAGGUACGCCAGUGAGUGACACAGUGUGUGAACUUUGCCCUGAUGGUCAUUUCUCCCCGGGUGGCUCCUCCACCAAGCCGUGCCAGCCUCACACGAACUGCUCAGAAUUGGGCCUCAAGACACUGAGAUGGGGCACGUCCACUGCAGACAGUCAGUGUGGCACUCCGGACAAGAAGGCAACGCUGGAGUGCUCUCAUCAUCACACUUUGUGCCAGACUGAUGUGACUCUUUGUGAAGAGGCGGUUUUCCAGUCGCUAGCCUCGCUGCGACUUUCCUCGGUGCCCCUGGAACGACUGUUGGACAGUCUUCCUGGGAAGAGGGUGGAUCGCAAAAGCCUGGAGAGGCUGAAGAAGACCUGCUCUCCCCAGCAGCAGGUUCUCCACCUUCUGCGACUGUGGAGAGAGCAGAACAAAGACCAGGACAAGCUGUAUGGCUUCAUACAAGGUGUGAACCACUGUGAGAGGAAGGUCUCCCGCUGCAGCAGUCUAAAAAACCUGACGCUCGACGACCUCAUGAAGGUAACGAACAGCUUGCCGGGAGUCAAAGUUAAGGAGGCGGAUGUCCAGGGCGUGGUCUCUUCUUGCCUCCCCAGGCAGUACAUUCUGCAGCUUCUUCACCUCUGGAAAAAAGCAAACCACAACCUGGACCUACCAAAUGCUCUGUCUCACAGUCUCAGGGUCCUGCGCAACCAACAGGCACCACGUUAUCUGCUCAAAGGCCUGAAGAAGAUCAGCCGCAUCAUUGGAACCACCUCGGCACAAAAGAUGUUUCAGAAGAUGUUUGUCAGUAUGCUUCAGGAUGGAUCGUGUUUUAAAGCCCAUAAGCCAUUAAAUGAAUAAGCAGUACACAGGUACAAAUAGAAAUAGAUACAACCUAAAGCAUAAAUAAACACUAUUUCACUGACAAAAAAGGGAACACUAAAAAGAUACACAAUGAGCAGGGAGGUGCAUUUUUUUUGUAAUAGUGAGAGGGCUUUAUAAUAUCAAAGCUAUGCAUAUACUGCCUAAAAAUGGGUUUUCCUAACUUUAACAUGGAAGGAAAGAUGGAUAAAUUCGUCUUUCCUUCUCUGAUUUUUUUCUGACCUAAACGAGGCACUAAUAACUUCAUCCUCAGUCCACGCUAACCGUCCGCAAGGAAGAAUCUGACAAAAAAAAGAGGUGUUCACACAUCUGUGUACUGAAUACGGAUGUAAAACAAAAGGUUUUUGAAAAAAAAAAAAAGAUUUUUUAGAACUUCAUGACUGGAGUCUGUGAAAAAUUAAAAAAAAAUGUUAUUUAAGAUGUAAAUAUUAAUACUAUUUUAUAGAAAAUGGUCCGGCAGAUGUUGUUAUUGUUGCUUUCUCGCUGUUUGAGAGGAAGGAUUUGGUUUCAUAAUGAAAUAUUUUUUCUCAUUUGUUGGUGUGUUUGUUCUGGACUGCUGACAAGCAAAGCUCAUCGUUAUUAUUUUGUAGUUGUUACUUAUAUGAAUGUACAAAGGAGUGCAAUUGUUUUCUAUUUAAAAAAAAGUAAUUUUUACUUUCUGAACAUGUAAAGGCUUAUGUUUAUUACUUCUUAGAAAUACUGGAUUCCAAAUGCUGCAAGUUAAUGAAGUGAUAUUUGUUUUAUAUUUUUGUUGUAUCGCAUUUUUACUAUAAGUGUAUGAUCUUUGUUGUAUAUGUGCCUGACUGGUCCUUUUUAAGCUUGUUUAAGUUGUGAACAUUGAUAACAAAUGAUCUGACUAAAUUCAGUGUGUAAAGAUGUAUUGUUUCAUUAUAAAUAUGCAAUGAACAGACAGACGAUUUUAGUCUUGUGAUUUCAUAGCAGUGUUAAAUUUUGGAGAAACCCCCCCCCCCCAAAACAUUGUUUUCUGGUAAAUCAACUAUAUUGUAUGCUUUUAGUUUUAAAAUCCUCCAAGGGUGCCUUCCCUGAGAUGGAAGGGGACUGAAUGGCUGACUGGAUCAAACAAUCUGUACUUCUGAUCUCUUGACUGAGAAGAAUUUGGUCUUCCCCAGCUUAGCGAUCAAGGCGUACAGUGAGUUUCCUGACAGAGCCACUUUGAUGUGAGUCACCUACAUUAGAUCAGCUUUUCCAAGAUGUCAGUGUAGCUUCUAUUUACACCAAAGUGCACAUGAAGCCUGCCAGGAUUAGAAACAGAGGCACUGCAGUUACAUUUGGAUAUAGGCCUUGAUGAUUUCUCUAAGUAUGAAAGUGCAGCUGACGUUUCAUGGUGGGUCAAAUGUCUGAAGUUAAAGGAUCACGGUGCAUGUAAUGUGUACUAUAAUCAUAACUUGAUGCUGAUUUCAUGUAUAUCUCACAGGCAGUAUCAUUUUUCUGUAGCGGUGAGGACUUAAGAACUCAGUGAUUGAAUGGCAUAGAAGUGAAGAGUGCAAAAACCUUUUAUGGCCAGGAUACGUUCUGAAUUACGCACAGAGGUUGUGUCACAUUUCAGAUCAUCUGGUUUUGAAACCCAUAUUUCACAUGAGCGAGUGCCAGUUUUCAGCAUGUGACUGAAAGGUUGACCUGAUUUUGAGUCGACACACCUACGCAGUUUUCUAAACCUUGUGUACCUCGUGUAAAUUCCGCAAAGCCAGCACGAUACAUGACAUCUUAAAAGGACUCACAAUAAGUGCUACUCAACUAAAAAAAAGUCAUAUGGUCACAUAGGAAGAACUGAAAAAAGAUAUGA